UUUAAGCUUCUGCGUCAUAAAGGAAUGGCAAAUUCUGGCAACUCUCCAGUCAUUCUACGGCUGCAAAUAUUGAUUUUGUCCAUCGGCUGUGCAUUGGUAUGUUAUAGUCGUUUAUCCACCGCAUUACCGGCACGCAACCAGCGUUUGAUAUGCUGGCAAGCCAUCAUGAAGUGCCAAGGAGAACCGGAGUGUCACUACGCGUACACACAGUAUCUACACGCGUGCGGUCCGGUGAUAAACGGCAACAGGAAGAAAUGUCCCAGCCAUUGCAUUUCUUCCAUCAUUCAGCUCAAUCUGACUGUGAACGGCCCGGCACUGGAGGACUGCGAGUGCGCCUCGGACACUCUAUGCAAAAUGACCAAGAGAGCCAUUGAGCCCUGUAUGCCCAGAACGAGCCACAUGGGCUGCACCGAAGCGCGUAAGCAGUGUGAGAAGGAUCCCGAGUGCAGCACCGCCAUGCGGGACUAUCUGUAUCACUGCAGGAAACUCUUCGGCGGAGAGCGCUGCUCUGACGACUGCCGGCGGGUCAUCACGAACAUGCGCUCCAUCCCUAAAGCCCAGCAGCUGGACACUUGCGUGUGCGACGGCACAGAGAGGACCAUAUGCGAGUAUGUCAAAGGCAGCAUGAAAAACUUCUGCUUUAACGACCGGUACGGCGGGAGUGGCUUUUCAGAUACCGAGGACGACUUGGACUACGAAUACGAGACGGAUUAUGAGGACGAGGAGAGUGAUGCCUGGGAUUUAAGAGCACAAAAGAGUUCGAUUGUGGUGUCCACCAUUUUGACACUUUCUUCUCUUGUUAUAGUAAGAUAGGGCAUGUUUUCAGAAUUAACUGCAUAUUUGGCCUGGGUGGAAAUAAUGGUUAGGGCCCAAAAUUAAGCCCUGACACCCCCUCCCCCCCAGACAUUAAAGUAAAAACAAAAGGUGCGUGUGUGUGUGUGGAGGGGGUUAUAUACACAAGUGUGUAUAUAUACGACGUUUUAGUCCAAGUAUUAAGACACUUGGGAAGUCUCAAGGUUACUAAAAGCAACAGUAGCGCUACGUGAUCACUUUCCCGCGAUAAAAGUAGCAUGUUAUCACUUUAUUGUAGAUGUAGCCUACACACAAAAAUAUGACAAGACCUUUUGUGUUUUGUAUAGAACGUCUUUAGUUGAAGUGCGGGCGCACCACGACACGAAUCUCAUAUCGUAAAUUACUGACAGAAAAAUAGUCCCCUGAAAGAGUAAUGGAAUAAUUCGCACAGUGUAUUUGGUCGUAUUAGCUGCCCCGCGUGAAGUAGCCUAUGUUUCAAUGGGCAAAACAUGUUAGUCUCGAACUUUUAGUUUUUUUGGGGGGUUGGGACUUGGCUAGAAAGCCCUGUUUUCUGCUUAUAGGCGCUUAAAAUGUACAGGUACAUGAGAGAAACAGCUCACUGGAUAAAAAUAAAGAAGAAAACCAGAAUCCCAUAGUGAAAGUUUGUUUUUAAAAACCUAGUUGCACACCAAAAUCCGCACACCAUGAAAAGGAGUAAUUUGUCUUUUAUGUAGGCUAAAGAAAAUAUGUUGGAAAUAUAUGCUCUGCUAGUAUACUGUAUAUUAAGUUAUGAACUAUUGUGGAAACUGCUAUUCAAAGAGAUAAAUAAAUAUUGUUAGUUUAUUUUU